AUGUCAACUCGGCGAAGUUUAACCCAACCGCAAUACGAGUUCAUCUUGCUCUUCAACAAAUCUGUGGGAAGCGAGCGCGUCUUCUACUUCAUGGUCGAUCCGCGAACGCGCGACCGCAUGUUUCCUAAAAUGAAUACGACUGUCUUCCACAAAUUGCGGAACCUGGUGGGCUACAAAGUUGUCGUUCUUGAUGAGCAACUUUAUCUGCUCGGUGGUAAAGAUUGGGUUUCCGGAACAAUCCUCGGAAACACGUGGCGGUACAACCCGGACUCAGGGCGAUGGAUCGCGUGCGCUCAGAUGCAAGAGCCGCGAUGUAGAUUUACGGCUGAUGUGCUUGACGGGAAAAUAUACGUUACUGGUGGAGAGGUCGGCAAGGGAAAGGUCACGGAUGGGGUCGAGUUCUAUGACCCCGAUACCGACACCUGGACCCCCAUCAAGCCCCUUCCCAGGCCCCGGGCGGACCACGCGAGCUGCGCGUGCGGCAAGCGCCUUUAUGUGUCCGGUGGGAUCUCCAACAUCAAGCACCAGUGUUCCAAUGUGUUCUGGGUCUACGAUGUGUUGACGGACGCAUGGACGGAUCCAUACCCCCACGCCUUCCUACCACAGGAGCGCGAGAAACACGUGAUGGUUCCAUAUAAGAACAAUAUAUUGUUCAUGGGUGGUCGCGGGUUCGACCAGGAGAUAUUCCAGGAAAAAGACGAGUGUUCUGUGUCCAGCUACAGCGUCAAGAACGACGGUGUGGAGCGGCGACCCCACGCCUGGGACAAUGAGCAUCCCCACAUGAGUCACGCCCGAGUGAAUCCAGGCAGCAUUUUGCUAGGAAAGAAAAUAUAUUUCUUCGGCGGAAAGAGUUUCCAAAAGGAUCGCGAGGUGACGGAAGUAGAUUUCUACAAUCCGAAAACCCGGAAAUGGCGGAAGGUGUUCAACCUGCCUGACCGCUUCAGUUACGCCAACCUCGAGUGCGUAAAGCUGACGGUUCCGGUUCACAACCGCGACUUCAACUUCAGUGACGUUCAUCUGUAUGACCACUGGAUCAUGUGGUAGCGAUAUCCGAGCGUGGCGUCGUUUUGCGUAUCAUAGUUAUGUGGCUUUAAGUCGCGUCCAAGAGUUGCAUUUAAAGGUCAUAUCCUGAUAUCGGGUUUUGAAGAGCGUGUUUUUUUCAUUGAAAUCGAAUCUUUUCUUAAAAACUCUAGCCGACAUCAUAGAAGGAUGUUAACUCAUUGUACAUACAAUAUUAAAUAGAUUACCUCACAUAAAUGUGCUCAUCAUCUAUAUGAACGAUCUAUGUCCGUAAAAUAUUAUAGCGGUAAUCGAUAUUUUUGUAUUAUAGCUUUGAUCAAUUAUUUUUAUUUAUUUUUACAAUACACCAUUUGUAUGUAGUACAACAGAUAUUUUAUUGGUAUUUGGCAACAGUUCAAUUAUUUUUUACUCAGUAAAGAUGGCAAUAUUUUAACUGUUGCAAUCAGAAUAACGGCAUAACGGCCAGUUCAAAAUAUUGCAGUCUAUGGCCUCAGGGCAACCACAUUUUGCCCUCUUUGUUGGAAAAAACUUGGACUGUUCCCAAAAUACCGCUGGUAAAUCUGAUAAUAUGGACGACAUUUCACUAAAUCAUUUUGUGUUGGGAAGUAGUGCCGCUUUCUUAAGAGUGUCUUUUUCCUUCUGGUGUACAAGUCACAAAUCAAUCACACAAAGGCCGUUUUGUGGCUAUUUCUUGUAGUCUAUGUGUCUGCAAUAAAUUUGCUGCACUUUAUAUUUGACCAAUUUGAAAGACUUACUUUUUGGGGCUUAAGAGAAUAUACCGGUAAUCUAAAUAUUGACAAUGAUGUCAGCUACCCGGUUACACAUAGUUAAACUGUACUAUGCGAUUUCUGUUUGCGGUGUUAACAUUGGCGAUUGUUUUCAUCUUUAGCAAUAGUUGUUAUCCAUAUUAUUUGUUAUUUAUUUUAGUUUACUUUGAGAUUUAUACAAAGCGCCAUUAGUGAGUUUUCUAUUUCUGAAAUAAUCAACGGCAUGGCGUAAAUAAUGAUAAUCUGUUUGUUUUAUGCUUGAAAAAAAAGUAUACAAACUUGUUUGGUAUUUGAGAAAUAAGAUACAUGUUUUCAUUGAAUAGUUUUAUC